UUCAGAGCGAAGCAGCUUUCUCCAAUCCAGCAGAGGGCGAUAAUGAUAUCUGUACGCACUGUCCACUGGCCGCCAUUGUUGCAGUCACAUCGUUGCGUUGCUAAUAAACUCAGAAGAACACUCUCUUAAUCCACACGACAAGUUUAAUUUACAUUGUGAGAAGUGUGUUUGGAUAUCCAUCAAAAUGUCGUACAUGCUCCCUCAUCUUCACAAUGGCUGGCAAGUGGACCAGGCUAUUUUAUCAGAGGAAGACCGUGCGAUUGUUAUACGAUUUGGCCACGAUUGGGACCCUACGUGUAUGAAGAUGGAUGAAGUGUUGUACAGCAUCGCCGAAAAGGUGAAGAAUUUUGCGGUCAUUUAUCUUGUGGACAUCACAGAAGUGCCAGAUUUCAACAAGAUGUACGAGUUGUAUGAUCCCUGCACAGUCAUGUUCUUCUUCAGGAACAAGCACAUCAUGAUUGAUCUUGGCACCGGUAACAACAACAAGAUAAACUGGACCAUGGAAGACAAGCAGGAGAUGAUAGACAUAGUUGAGACUGUCUACAGGGGGGCGAGAAAAGGACGAGGUCUUGUAGUGUCCCCUAAAGAUUACUCAACCAAAUACAGAUACUGAUCUCUGUGCUCUUAUUUAGUGUUUGCGAUUUUAUUUCUUCUCAUCAAUAUUGGACAAGAUCUGAGCAUUCAGCAAUAUGGUCAUUUGGACUAUUAAAUAACCUUGUUUUGGAUUUUCAACUUUAUAUUUAAAUGUGUUUACACCGUUGCAGUUAUGGUCACCAGUCUUUUAUAAUUUUGUCCUUCUUAAAAUGUCACUGUACAUUUAAAUCGAUGAAUAAACGUUGAUUGUGA